AUGGGCGAACCCAGAGGUGCUCCACUUGGAUCGGAUAUGGUCGUGAUGGCUGGAAACUUUGGAAACAUUAACGUGUGGGGAGAUCGGAUAUACAACACGCAUAGAACUAAGAAACUGAAGCCGAAGCAGAGAAAUUGUUAUUUCGGCGAUGAAAGUCCAACCGGAAUGGGCACAAAUUAUUACCUGAGACGGAAUUGCAGAACGGCGUGUUACAUGUUUCACAUGGUCAAACAUUGUGGUUGUUAUAUAGAGGCAAUGUUCGGACUAAUGAAACAAAACGACUCGUUACGGCCGUGUAACGCGGAAGAUUUACUGUGUUUAUCCAAUAAAAACCAAUAUUUCAACAAUUACAUACCCUUCGAACAGCCUUCGUUCUUCAUAAAAGAUAAGCCAGGAUUAAAAUGCGAAUGCAUGCCGGAUUGCAUCCACCAAAUGUAUAUACCCGAACUUACCAUCGCCGAACACACCGACUCGGCGAUGGAGGAUUUCAGGAAUUCCUCAGCGUCCAUACUCAUUGAUCUGCACUUCAAACAGAGCGCGUGCAUACUGUACAGAUCGGACUUGAUCCUCGGAUGGCUCGACUUGUUGGUGUCAUUUGGUGGCUGUGCCGGUCUGUUCUUAGGCGGUUCGCUGUUGAGCUUCAUUGAACUUAUAUAUUUCUUGACGUGGCGAGUUUACUACCAUUGGCGCAGAUCACGACUGAAAUCAGUUAAAUCUAAAAGUAAAAAAAAAAGAAAAGGACAUCAAAUUUUAACGGACACUUGGACAAUGGACGAUUGCAUGGACAGAAAAACAUUGUCGUCCGUGUCCAAGAGAGUGGAACACAUCCGGUUUCGGAACAAAGCAACCCAGCACGACAGAUCUAACGCCGAACGUCGAGCAAACGUAUGGAAAAAAAUUUUAGACGAUGUUUGCGAUCAGUGUUCGCUGCACGGUCUCAACCACAUUGUAGGAAAGAACCGGAGCGCUGGAGAAAAAACGUUCUGGUCAGUAACUGUAAUAUGCGCCAUGCUGUUUGCAACUUACGCGAUCGUCGAAUCGUGGAAGACGUACAAAAAAAGUACAAUCGACACGGUGGUCGAAACAACAUUUUUAAGCUACGCCGAUAUAGCGUUUCCAAUGGUAGUAAUAUGUGACAGUUCAAGAGUGGACUGGGAACGGGUCGUGCAGUUGACCGCAAAAGACGUACCGGGAAUCAAACCGAGUCUAUUGCCCGCCGUGAGAAAAUUGUUGAAAACUUUCUCUGUGGUAUCGUAUGGCGAUUUUGAUGAGUUCGACGAGCUGAAGAACAUUACUGAAUUACCUAAGCUUAUCGGACUAAACCUCACCGAGCUUCUAGUGAAGGUAAUGAGGCCGUGCGAGGAAGUUUUUUCCCAUGGUGGUUGUUGGUGGAAUUUCAAACGGGUAAACUGCUGUGACGUGUUCGAGUUGCAGCGCACCGAAUUCGGCCUAUGCCAUUCGUUUAAUUCCGAUUUUUCCGAGUAUAGUAGAGCAAGACUCGGUGCGGACUCGGGUUUAAUUGGGGCGUUUUGGCGAACAGAGUCCGGAGAAAUCCGACCAAGGAGGACGGGCGACAAUGGUCAGUGGUCUGGUGUCAGGAUGUACGUAUCAACAAUGUCCCCGGGACAGAUCGCCCCCGGAGUGGACGCCAAACCAUCGACGCGGAUAAUGAUUGGUGAACCCAGAGGCGCUCCGCUUGGAUCGGAUAUGGUCGUGACGGCGGGUAGCAUUGGCAUCGUUCACGUGUGGGGAGAUAGGAUAUACAACACGCAGAGGACGAAAAGACUGAAGCCAAAAAUGCGACGGUGUCUUUUCGCCGAAGAGAGUUCCACCAGAAUGGGUACAAAUUACUACUUGCGGAGGAAUUGCAAGACAGCGUGUUACAUGGAUCACGUGAUUCAUCACUGCGGAUGUUAUUUGGAGUUCAUGUUUGGGCUCAUGAAUCAAAACACUACAUUGCGGCCAUGCAACGUCGAAGAUUUGUUAUGCCUGUCUGAGAAAAACCAGUUCUUCAAAAGUCUUAUACCGUCCGAACAAACUGCGCUUAUGACAAGUAAUCUGCCCGGGAUGAAAUGCGAUUGCAUGCCAGAUUGCGUUCACCAAAUGUACUUGUCUGAACUGACCAUCGCCGAACCAUCCAUAUCGACAGUGCUAAAUUCGUCGUCGUCCAUACUGAUUGACACACACUUCAUACAAAGCACAUGCAUACUUUACAGAUCGGACUUGGUCCUCGGAUGGCUCGACUUGUUGGUUUCCUUUGGCGGUUGCGCUGGUCUGUUUCUGGGUGGGUCUUUGUUGAGUUUCAUCGAACUUAUAUAUUUUUUGACUUGGAAGGCCUAUUACCAUUGGCGUCAAACAUCGUCGACUACGAUCGUCACCUCUAAAUCGAAAAAAAAACGCAAAGGCCGUAUAAUAGUGGACACUUGGACGAUUGACGAUACUCAAACGCAUAACAUCAGCGAAGAUACUCGUUUUUCAUAUCAUUUAUAG